AUGGGCCCCUCAACACGAUUAUUCCCAGGCGAUGAAGAGCUAGGCAAACGAGACGAUGACCACAAAGUAUGGACGAAGCCUAUCGCGGCGUGGCAUUACCGACGAUGGCUGCUCCGGAGGAAUAUGAAGCGAAUUGGCCUCACUCUGUUGGGUCUUAUUGCAUUAUACUAUUUCGUCAAAAACAUACCGACAGAUCUGAAGCAACCUUCAGUGAGGCCGUCCUACGACCACUCCCCGUCGCGGGGUGGUGGGAUGUCCAGACCGCGACCACCUUCACCCGAAAAGACACAAGCAGCACCGACGAGCGAUGAACUUGAGGGAGAGAAGCAUUGGUAUAAUGGACCCAUUAAAUUCUACGAACUGGCGACCUCGUUGUAUUUGAUAAAUGGUAAAGGGAUAACCGACUUCAACAAGAACGUUGUUUUUGCCGCUGCCAACCUAAAGAGCGCCGCGACGUUGCUGCCUCUUGCAUGUGAGAUGGCAAGAUGGAAAAGGAAUGAUGUUCACUUUGCCUUGAUGGGCCGAGAUGAGAUCCCGAUGAAGACUCUGGGAGAAAUCAAUAGAAUUACCGCAGAUUGCAACGUUCAGAUGCAUGAUGCGCGACCUGAUUAUGUCGCAGAAAGCACCGAUUUCAGAAUGGAAGUUAGCAGUGGGGCUGCAUUGGGGCACAUCAACAACUAUAUGCACCCUCAAGCCGUCAUCGGGGCGGAUUAUUUUGGGUCUACCCCUCCUUGCCUGACGAUCGAGUUGCCUAAUGAUGCUGACGAAUUUGCAACCCGAUUCCUGGCGAACUCGUUCAGCUGGCCACCCGGAGAGUUUCCCGUGCAAGAGAGCGCCCAACAGCUUACACUACGUCGACGGAUACCACACCAGAGACUGACCGCCGAAGAAAGCUCCAUCCGCUUUUUCGAGUCUUUCUGGCCGGCGAAUCGAUUCACAUCUCACGUCCUGGUUCUUUCUCCCCAGGUUGAAUUGUCGCCACUCUAUUAUCACUACCUCAAGUAUGCGCUAUUGGAAUAUAAAUACUCCUCAGCAGCCGCCUCCUCACUAAUGUCCCACGAGGACCUCUUGGGUAUCUCCCUGGAUCUCCCCUCGACCUACCUCAAUGAUACUACUCCCUUCACAGCGCCACCGAACCCCGCGUCAGCGAAAGCUCCAGAAGCUAAUGGCCCAUCCUUUCUCUGGGGCUCUCCAAACAGCAAUGCAGCCCUCUACUUUGGCGACAAAUGGACUGAGCUCCACACCCUCGUCUCACACUCGCUGAGCUCUGCCUCUUCCGCUCCCAAGAAACGCAUCAGCACUUCCUACCCAUCCUGGCUCGAGUACAUUCUCACCCUGUCCAACUCCCGCGGCUACUCGAUGCUCUACCCCCAGCUGACAGCUGGCGACGCCCUUGCAACUGUGCACAAUGAGCUCUACCAGCCACCUGAAGAAUUCGACAAGCCAAAGUCGGAAACUGACACGACGACAGACGAUGGCAAUUUCACAGCCGACCCUGCACAGCAUCUAAGCUUGCAGCACAAAGAGUUUCCGCUGGCGCACUCGAGCCUAGUGAAUAUGCUUCCUGACAACCAGCUGCUAGCGCCGCUGCACAGCAUACCGUUGUUGACUUGGGAUGGGAGGGUAGUGCAUAGGAUAGAUCUCGGCGACGAGGCAGAGGAGUUCAGUGCGAAGUUCCGGCGCGACGUAGGUGGCUGCAAAAAGCCUGUCCCAUCUAAGACAAGGCUCGUGAAUGUGGGCGUGGAGAACCUAUUCUGUGAUGGAGGCGAGGAAGAUAAGGUUCCUAAGAAGGCAACUGAUGAAGCGACUGAUGAAGCCGAUGAUGAGAGUGUAGAGCCUACUGAGACGGAAGAGAGCCAUAGCACAACACCUGCUCACUCCCACUCCACGGAAACGGCUACCGAGGGGCAUAUGGAUGCAACCCUGGAAGGGGGGAUAAUCGUCGGGACAUGA